UUAGUACAUCAGACGUCGCAAUGUAUUUCAAUUAAGUAUUGUAUGCAUUAUACCUCGUGUUCGCGCUUUACGUGCGCUCUCUUAUUGGGUGAUGUUCUAUGCGCUGAUCGCCCAUUUUUCUUUCGCGGAUUAUCACCGCACAGAUGCGGGCGGUGUGUGUGUGUGGCGCGAACAUAGCGUGUCCGGCGCAGUUGUUGUUGGAAAAAAACCGUCGUGCGGUUGUGUCAUGACGAUUGACUUUCUGUAUGGAGAUAUUCGCAAUAAAUGGAAUUAUACAGUAAGACUCUCGCCUCUCAGUAAAUCUCUAAGGACACAUCCUAAAUCGAGAGUAACAAGUAAACUGUGGCCACAAGGCUAGUAGAAACUCAAGUCUAAAUCAAAGGAGAAAAUUAGCGUGCACAUACGCAAAGGAUCCCAAGAUCUCGCACAACAAGUGCAUCAACAUGGUCCUUCGAGCCGGAUUCUGUGAAAGCUAUAGGUAUUACUGAUAUCAUGGAAUUCUAUCAUUAAGGUACAAGAUAAAACGCAUCCAAAUCUAUAACACGAGUAUUCAAGUUAAGGUUAAGCCUAGACAAGGUAAGAAUCAUCCAAGUCAUAAGUAUAUUGUAUCAUUACCAGUCGCGUGGUUGCCUGUAGAAAUCGAGAUAUAAUUUAUCGCAUACGAUAAGCUUAAGCAAAGGGUUCAAGUCAGCAAAGUCGUGAGUGGCCACAACCUCCAAAUAAAAUCACGCGUAAGAGUUAAACCCUUGCAUUCACAAUGGCUACACUGACGUUAACGGAAGCAAAAAGCAAAAAAACUCACAUAAAGGCAGCAGGCACACGCCUAAAAACUAAUACUAUUGAUGUUGCCACUAAUACUAUAGAUGUUUCCACUAAUACUCCCAAUACUAUUGAUGUUGCCACUAAUACUAUAGAUGUUUCCACUAAUACUGUCCAUACUGUCAAUUUCACUACUACUGUUAUUGAUGUUGCCACUAAUACUCCCAAUACUGACAAUGCUAUUGAUGUUGCCACUAAUACUUCCAAUACUAUUGGUGUUGCCACUAAUACUAUAGAUGUUUCCACUAAUACUGUCCAUACUGUCAAUUCCACUACUACUGUUAUUGAUUGCUACUAAUACUACCGAUGUUAUAGAUUCUUCAUACAGCCGCGAAUUACUGGAUAUUAUAGCAUGUAAGGCUAAUGGCGUUAAAAAGGCGCUAAAAAGACUGAGGAUGACGUGGGAUGACUUGCUUAUCCAUAUAAUUGUCUUCAAGCUGGACACAGCUACCAAUAAGGCAUGGGAGACGACUAUUGUAGACGCUAACUUUCCUGAUCUAAAAACACUAACCGAAUUCUUGUCAAGGCGCUGUUAGGCUUUAGAAGCGAUAAAUAGUAGAUCUAGUGCAAGCCAAACUAGGUAGCGGCCUGUUCGCGCCUUAUGUGCGCUCUCUUAUUGGAUGAUGUUCUAUGCGCUGAUCGCCCUAUUUUUCUUCCGUGGAUUAUCGUCGCACAGAUGCGGGCGGUGUGUGUGUGGCGCGAACGUAGCGUGUCCGGCGCAGUUGUUGUUGGAAAAAAACCGUCGUGCGGUUGUGUCAUGACGAUUGACUUUCUGUAUGAAGAUAUUCGCAAUAAAUGGAAUUAUACAGUAAGACUCUCGCCUCUCAGUAAAUCUCUAAGGACACAUCCUAAAUCGAGAGUAAUAAGUAAACUGUGGCCACAAGGCUAGUAGAAAUUCAAGUCUAAGUCAAAGGAGAAAAUUAGCGCGCACAUACGCAAAGGAUCCCAAGAUCUCGCAUCAAUACCCCGAAUCAUCACAUAGUUUCAAUAAAGGUGUGAGAAAAUAUUCGAGGAAGG